AUGCCUUCACGAGAUAACACUCGCUCAAGUUCAACUGUUAACAUCAACAACAACGAGGAUAACACCAUGUCUCCCACGAUGACUGAAUCUUACAACUUAACCAUGUGGCCAAAGAAGACUCACGGUACCCAACGACCUCUAACCAUCUACAGCAAGAAUAUCAUCAUACCUCUCAGCAACGAUCAAGAAAUCAUAUCACCCAUACCGUCGGGGCAUUUCGAAACCUCACGUCGGUUCUGGCAGUUCAAGGUUGAAGAGGGACAAACGACCUAUGUACGCUAUGGUACCAUCAGAGCUGAUGGUGGCCUCGAGGAAAGGGCAACGCACAUCCAGCAACAUCCAAAUUAUGCGGAUGCCAAAAAAUUUGUGGAAAAUUUGGUGGACGAAAAGAUUAAAGCUGGAUACGUUGGUUGGGCACGUUGGUGA